UCCUAUCACUGGGCUCUCUCCUCCUGCCUCCACUACUGCCCCUUCCUCAGUCCUGGGCCCCCACUGCGUUGCAUCUGCCACACCACCACAAUCAGCUGAUGGGCUUGCCUCCACGAUUGGGCCGGUUGGGCCGCUACCCUCAUCUGCGCCUGGGCCUUGAUGGCCCGUCCUCCGCAGCCGUGCCAUCCUCCUCAGCUGCGCCUGGGCCUGCUGGGCCGUCCUCCGCCGCAUUGUCCCUGCCCCGACCCUCUGCUGCUCCCGCUGGGCCUGCUUCCCCUGGGCCUGAGCCCUGCUCGCCCCAGGCCACUGUCAACCCGCCCGCUGUUCCUCCUCCAGUCCCGCGCCCGCGCAGGAUGACCACACGGGCCCAAGCUGGUAUUUACAGGCCCAAACGAUUAUUUCCGGCCCUUCAUGCAUCCAGAACUGGGCCUGUGCGUCUUGAGCCUCGGUCCGUCCAAGAGGCUAUGCAAUUUCCUGAAUGGGACGCUGCUCUGCAUAGAGAACAUGAUGCCUUGCUUCACAAUCAUACAUGGGAUCUGGUCCCGCGCCAACCACAUUAUAAUGUUCUCGGUAACCGCUGGGUCUAUCGCAUCAAGCAUCAUACAGAUGGUACUAUUCAUCUUUAUAAGACGCGUCUAGUGGCCAAAGGCUUUCAUCAGCGUCCCGGAGUUGAUUUCCGAGAUACAUUCAGCCCGGUCAUUAAGCCAGUCACUGUUCGAACUGUGUUCACCAUUGCUCUUUCUCAGGGUUGGCCGAUCAAGCAGUUUGAUGUUAACAAUGCUUUUCUUCAGGGUCCUCUCACUGAAGAGGUGUAUAUGGCUCAACCCCCAGGCUUUGUGGAUCCCCAGCAUCCUACCCAUGUUUGUCGCCUUCGCAAAGCCAUAUAUGGGCUUCGUCAAGCUCCUCGUGCUUGGUACACUGCCCUCAUCUCCUUUCUGCUUGAGUUUGGAUUUCAGAAGACCAAGUCUGAUGCCUCCUUAUUCGUCUAUCAUCGGUCUGGUGUUCUCCUCUAUUUUCUGGUCUAUGUGGAUGACCUUCUGCUCACUAGUAAUGAUUCCGCGGCUCUAUCCACAUUUCAGAAUGCCCUAGCCGGCCGAUUUUCUCUCAAAGCACUAGGGGAUGUUGACUACUUCUUAGGCAUCGAGGUCAUUCCUACAAUCUCCGGCUACAUUUUAUCUCAGCAUAAGUACAUGGUGGAUAUCCUGACCAGGUUUCAUAUGCGUGAAGCCGCCCCAGCCUCUACUCCACUGGCUUCCUCUGCCACUUUGUCUCUUAAUGAUGGCACCUCUCCCACUGAUGCCAUUCGUUAUCGUCAGGUGUUAGGGGCAUUGCAGUAUCUUGUGUACACUCGUCCCGACAUUGCUUUCUCGGUGAAUAAGCUUUCUCAGUAUAUGCACUCUCCCAGCGCAUAUCAUUGGAAAUGUCUCAAGCGGCUUCUCCGUUAUGUCUGUGGCACUAUCUCCUAUGGUCUUGCUAUCCGCCGCUCCUCUGAUCCACUACGCCUCACUGCCUUUGCUGAUUCUGACUGGGCAGGUAAUCUGGAUGACCGUACAUCCACCUCCGCCUAUCUUCUCUACUUUGGCUCCACCCUCAUAUCUUGGCGGUCUAAAAAACAACGCAUUGUUGCUCGCUCCAGUACUGAAGCUGAAUAUCGGGCUAUUGCCCACGCUGCUACUGAGUUAGAGUGGGUGCAAAAUCUCUUGACUGAGCUCCGUCAGCCAUUAUCUGUCUCGCCCACACUAUUCUCUGAUAAUCUUGGGGCUACGAGUUUCAGUUCUAAUCCUGUGUUUCAUUCCCGGAUGAAGCAUUUGGCACUCGAUUAUCACUUUGUUCGUCAACUGGUCCAGGAUGGUCGUCUCACCGUUCGCUACAUCCCUACUGCUCAGCAACUUGCUGAUGUGCUCACUAAACCUCUGGCUGCGACUCGCUUCCUUCUUCUUCGAUCCAAGAUUGGAGUCGUUGACACGACCUCCAUCUUGCGGGGGCGUAUUAGAGAAAAAGAAUAAAAUUCUUUUUCUAUUGUUUAUUUCUUUAUUUCCCACUACUGUACAACCACUUCUCCACCUCCUGUAACUUCUCCUUAAACCUCUGAACUACUUCUCCUCAUUUCUCCUGUAACCGUGUAUAAAGAGAACAGAGAAUCAUAAUGCAAAUCAUCUUUGAUUGCUGUCAAUCCUUUCUGUUAAAAUACAUUGUUCCAUCACAGAGAACAUGCAGCGGCUAUUGAACCCGGUCGUUUUUAUUUUUAUUCAAUUUAGAGAUGAGAUUUAUUAUUUUGUCACAAAAAGGCUCGUAUUUUAUUGGGUCUUUUUCCAAGCAUGUAAUAAAUUACAAAAGAAUUC